AUGUCCAGUGGACCAUCCAGGUCUGGGUCUUCACAACGAAAACUCUCCAAGACGCCAUCGGGCUCCGGAUCCAUGAUCGAAAGGCUGCAGAGGAGAGUUUCCAGAGACUCUUCCGUUAGCACUAUCCCCCCGGAAUCCCCUAGCAGCCCUGUGGAGCCUACCUUUGCCUCAAUGGAGAUGAUUCGAUAUGGAUGGUUAAAGCCCGAUUCUUCUCUGCUCAAAGCUCGAUCCGAAUAUCUCGUUCUGGCAGAUCAUGCAUUGGUCAAGUUCGGAAGCGCGGAAGCUGCUAGAGCUAUCUUCCCGCAGCUGACACAGACGGAGGACCGCCACGGAAAAGGCUUCCACUCUAUCCAUUCCAUGAGCACCAAAUCUGCCUCGGGAGAGAUUCGACUGGAUAUACCCCUCCGGUCCAUUAUUGCGGUAUUCAUUGAGGAAUCUUCAAGCUCCCGUCAUGGUAUUGAGGUUUGGUGGCACUCAAGAGCGCCCAAGAUCGCAUCCUGCAAAGCACACUUCUACUUCGCUCUCCCAAAAGAAAGAGACGAUUGGCUAGCGGAUAUUCAUCAGGCUUGUAAGGCAAGGUCUAGGAGAAAUCCUCUCCCUACGAAUGUGCCUGAGAAUGUUAAGAUCCGCAUCACCCACACAAUGCACCCUACUGAGACAUCGGACGACAGUGCUUCCCAGGGCGUGAUUUUCCCAGUGGAUGUCAUAGAUACCUCGACGUAUUACCUUGCCAUUGGGCCCUACAUGUGUUAUUUUAUUGAGAUACUCAAAGCCGAUUAUUCAACUCUGCCAGGCGACCUGCGACUAAAAACCUACGAGUUUGGGACAGUAUCUUUGACCCGUUUCCAGGCUUCAGUAGCGUCUCACGAGCAGAGAUUUACGAUGUGUUUUCGCUUGCCAUUUGACCGAGAAACUCGCCUGGUCCUGGCAAGUACGUUUUAUCGUAGGAUUAUCGAGGCCCUUGUUAAGAUCGACCGCGUCUUGAAACCCAUGUGGCCACAAAACCUUCAGCAUGCUAUUUUCGAGAUCAAAGGCCUUCCGGCACCCCUUCAGUUGACAUCCGGAAACGAUUUGGGUGGCCUUGAGAUAAGUCUAGAAGCCUACUGCAAUGCUUUCCGCGUACAGGUCCCCGCUUGGACAAUCGAAUGGUAUACCCCAUCAGAGCCGGCUUUCCGACUACUUGCCUCCGAUGAUUCGGAGUAUUCUCCACUUCAGAUCCUUGCAGUCUUUCGAGCAUUACGAUACAAUAGCUUCUUUAAAGCAUUAUCAUUUCGUGAUGUUGAUCUUUCAUCACUGGCGAACAAGAACGACUAUUCACAAUUCGGAGACGCUGUGGUAUACACAUCUUUGAGCGGCGUUAGAAUACCAGAUGACUACUAUCAGCUUCUCAUACAAGCUCCGAUUCUAGAACAAGAGAUACAUGCGUUGAUGUUUUCUUCUGAAUCUAUACGGUAUAUUGAUCUUACAAAUACUGUCGGCUUACAACGAGCAAGGAGACCGCAGACCGGUCGUGGGUCAAUCAACCAAUCUGCCAUGCGCAAAAUGAGCGGAGAGAUUAUUCGGCCCCUGUCUAUGUUACUCAAGACCCAAUUGUGUCACUGCCAUGGCAUUUCCAUGUCUGGCAAUCCUAUUGGGUCGAGCGAGGUAGCUGAAUUAGCAAAUGUCUUUGCAUUGGAUGAUGUCCACAUGAAGAAGAUUGAACUAUCCAAUUGCGGACUCGGCGACGUUGAUCUAACCAAGCUCUGGAGUGGACUUGCAGGCCAAGCUGAGACUAUUGAGUGUAUCGACACGUCGAACAACAAUGGAACUGUUGGCUUUGAAACAAUCACUUAUACUCUUCAUCAACUGCGCAAUAUCAAGAAGCUCAAUAUAUCGGGCAAUACUAGACUCGUCUCGGAUGAACCACUUCUUACUGCGCGUGCGCUUAAUAGCUGGGCUCUGCAAGAAUUGGAUCUCUCUGGGAUAAUCCUCAACACCACUAGUGUUGUUUCUCUCGCAAAAUAUAUGGAGUCUCCAAUGUCGCAAGGCCUCCAAGUGAUCCGCCUUAAUAAUUGCGGCCUCACUGGAAGCCAAGUUGCCCAGCUCUUCUUUAGCAUGGGCCAUGCUAGACAUAUGACAGUUCAUAUAAAUUCAAACUGGCUAGAUGAGGGUAUCGAGAUUUUGUGCGAUGCAAUUGCCUCUGGUCACGGACCUUGGAGUUUGUUCAUGCAGAUGACUGAGUUCAGCUAUGAGCAGAGCUUUGUCAACCUGAUGCGAGCAUUGACCACCAACAAGACAAUAGAGUGCCUGAGCUUGGCCGGCUGUGCCACGCCGGACGCUGUGAGCAGCACUGCUUGCGAGGCCGCUGCAGAACUCUUCGCCAAGAACGAGACCAUCCGUUUCCUGGAUAUAUCCGGAUAUUCUUCCAAGCUGGAUGAAGGCCGGCUAGGAAGGGAAUUUUCCAAAUCGUUAAGUGGCAUGAAGCACAACAAGCGAAUUGAACAUCUUCGCGUCCGAAGCCAGAUGCUCAAUAUUAAUAUUGGAGAUUUGGCUGAAGCUAUCUCGGGCAACCAAACACUGCAUACUCUGGAUUGCGAGGGGAAUGAUUUCAACCUCUCCAACUUCUGGCAUCUAGUGAAGCGCAUUGAGGCCAACACCACAAUCCGGCACUUCUCGGCGUUCUCGGACGCAGAAUUGGCCAAGACAAUCAAGAAAUCCGCAGAAGUUGAUGUGCCGGUGGUGUCAACACGCCGCUCCUCCGGGCUAUUUAACAAACUCAAACAUGAAAAGGCUCCGGUGGUUGUGGAGAAGCCCCUUGUGCAGCGGCUAGGCGAUGAGUGGGAUGCCGCAAUUGCGGCGCUGAAUCAGGUGCUUGAAAGAAACCAAAAGGCUUACAACGAGAUGCAUGGUAUUGGACAGACAUCGGCCGACCCAGCACUGGAAACGUGCGAGAUAGAAGAGGGCACAUUCUCAGUCGACUUUGGGGGGCUCGCCAGCAGAGAAUUCGAGGCUCAAAACGCUACAGGCUCCUCUUUGCGCAGGGGUCCCUCCACUUCCAACCAUGGCUCGGAAACAUUAAAGGUUAUCGUAUCGGCGCCUCUCUCGGGUGAAACUUCCGACGAGACUACGAUGCGGCCUUACUCCAUUGUCUCAAGCGACGCGGCUAGUAUCCCGACGACGGACGCCAGUUCAAAUAGUGAUGCGGGCAAUGCAACACCUUCGGAAAUGGAGAGCCCCCCUGAGAAAGAGCCCGGGUGGACCGGCGCUUCAGCUGUCGAAGGGACGAGCAACCCGGCAUCCGACGAAAGCUUUUUGAUUUCCGAUAACGAGAUAAGCUUGCUUAUGGGGAAGUAUCAAGGCUUUCUCGGUGAAUCGGUGGAACCUAUUGAAGAAGAGGAAAGACCUUGA